AUGUCAUCGCCCAGGGACGACGCCUGGAUGGGGCUCGCCCUUGAGGAGCUGCUGGACGGUCUCCAGAUGGGGCAUCGCCUCCAACCUUCACCCCUCACGCCACUCAGUGUGGCCGGAAUCCGCAGACGAAUCCCGUCCGCGGAGCAGGUAGACGUCCCGCCGGAUCACCGCUUCGGCCCAAUACGGGUGGACACCACCCCGCCACGACCACGGCCAGCCGAGGCCGCCCGCACGCCUGCCGACCAGGGCAAGCAGCCAAACACGGAUCAGGGGCCGCCGCCUUUGGUCCCGCUACACACGACCCGGGCUCCAUCAACUCAGGCCACCCAGAAGCAGACCACAGGAGGGAGGCCAUCACCACGGGCAGCGCCACAGACAGCCGGCCCGUCGACGCGUCCGCACACUGGCCAGUUGUCCACGACGCCUACCGGCAACCAGGGGCAGCCCCCACGGGCAGCACCUCGAGCAACCGCUCCAUCAACGCGCCCGCACACCGGCCGGGCCGCCACGACAACGUCUACCGGCCACGUCACCCUAUCACCACGAGCGACGCCGCGAGCUGCCCUCGCUUCGGCACGCGCACGCACCGGCCCGACCCCUACAGCGCCUGAGACACGCGCAGUCCAGGCCAUAGCACCGCUGGUCCCGUCAGGGGCUCCAGCGGCACCGGACCCAGACGUCGAGGUGGAAGCGGCGCUACGAGAAUGCCUAGGCGACCUUCCACCCGACAUACUGGAGGAGAUGGCCCGCGGGGCAGAAGGAUUAGAUCUGGAGGACCUCUUCGGGGAGUCCCCCGACGAGGACGGGGUAGAGCUCCCAACGCGCCCUGCCUCCAAUCAAUCCACCCACGAGCCAAGGACCCCGUCACCUCAAUUCCAGCCGGACUAUGAGGAGAUCUCCAGCGACGAGGGAGUGGCGGCCGAGAUCAUCCAGAUCUCAGACUCCGACGACGCCGAGCCAAGCUUCAGACCGCCGGGCACCCCGCCUCCGGCGUACGAGGAUAUUUUCGGGCCAGGCCCUUACGCUACCAGCUGCCCGAUACCCACUUGCGCGGCCUCAACGCCGAGCCAGUCACCGCCAACCACGUCACGUGGAUACCACGCCGCCGCCGCUCCACGCCGGGCAGAUGGCCCAGCGACAAGCCGACUCGUCGACUUGACGACCGACGAGGACUCCGCCAACGAGGACUCCGCCAACGAGAGACCAGCCGUGGCCGUACCGACGCGCCCCCCGCUACCCACACCCGGCGAAUACGCCGCGGCAGUGGCCCGACGCAGGGCCGAGGAGCUGAGUGACGAGCUGGGCUCGUCUUCCGCCGGGCCGGUUCAGCCAACAAACCCGGAGCCACGUUCGGCCAGGGACCGGCCACCCACACCAGCACCAGCACGCCGAGGCCGCCGACGGAGCGCGCCCUGGGCGGAUAGUCCCAGCGGAUCCUCGUCCGAGGAGGAGUUACCACGCGAUCGCCAGGGUCACGCCCGCUGGCUACCAGUUCCCGACGGCUGGAGCACGCCCAACGGCACGCUACCCGCCGGGCUCAUCCGGAGGAUCCAGCAGCGACUCCUAAUCGCCAGACGUAGGGCCCGGCGCUAUCUAGAGGAGGAGCAGGGUCAGCGAUUCCGGGUGCAGUUGAAUCGGGACGACCACGUCCGGGUCUUCCUACACCCCACCCGGAAGUGA